AUGUCUAAUGAGCCUAUCGCAAUCAUUGGCAGUGGCUGCCGAUUCCCCGGGCAGGCAGAUUCACCCGCCAAGCUCUGGGAACUACUAUCAAAGCCCCGCGACGUCCUGCGCGAGAUCCCAGCUGAUCGCUACAACGCAGCUGGUUUCUAUCAUCCAGACGGAUUGCACCAUGGCUCCAGCAACGUUCGACAUGCGUAUACAUUGACGGAGGAUGUACGGACCUUUGACGCCAGUUUCUUCCAGAUUAGCGCCAAUGAAGCGGCGGCUAUCGAUCCCCAACAGAGGCUCCUACUUGAGGUUGUUUACGAAGCUCUAGAAUCCGGGGGCCUGCCCGUAGAGAACCUCAGGGGAUCGAACACCGCUAUCAUUGUGGGCCAGAUGUGCGCAGACUACAAUGACAUUCUUACUCGCGAUAUGGAUACGCUUCCGACUUAUUUUGCCACUGGAACCUCCCGAGCAAUAUUGGCGAAUCGAGUCUCUUAUGCAUUUGACUGGCAUGGCCCUUCCUGGACAAUCGACACCGCAUGUUCAUCCAGUUUGGUCGCCGUUCACCAGGCAAUCCAGGCUCUCCGGGCAGGCGAGUCACGUGUUGCCGUUGCUGCUGGUUCUAAUCUUCUCCUCGGACCUGAGCCGUACAUUGCUGAAAGCAAGCUGAAAAUGCUCUCACCCGACGGUCGAUCUCGCAUGUGGGAUGAUCGUGCGAAUGGUUACGCCCGUGGUGAUGGUGUCGCUGCGAUCGUUAUGAAGAAGCUUUCAACGGCAUUGGAGGAUGGUGACAGUAUUGAAUGUGUGAUCAGGGCCACGGGCGUCAACCAGGAUGGGCGUACGAAAGGUAUCACCAUGCCCAGCAGUGACGCUCAAGCCGAAUUGAUACGCAAGACAUACAAAGCCGGUGGCUUGGAUCUCCUCAAAGACCGGCCGCAAUUCUUCGAAGCUCAUGGCACGGGCACCAAGGCAGGAGACCCGCAAGAGGCGAGGGCUAUCUUUAAUGCCUUCUUUGGACCGGAAGCAGACGAAGACAAUCAUGCCAACCUGAUGGUUGGCUCCAUCAAGACGAUCAUCGGACACACGGAGGGUACUGCCGGUUUGGCAGGUCUCUUCAAAGCUUCCUUGGCACUUCAAAAUGCUCAGAUCCCUCCCAACAUGCAUUUCCGCAGCUUGAACCCCGAGAUUGAGCCGUAUUGGACGCGUCUGCGUAUUCCGACUGAGCUGCAGCCGUGGCCAGCCCACUCAGGCUCAGUUCGUCGAGCCAGCGUGAACAGUUUUGGGUUCGGUGGAACGAACGCCCACGCCGUCUUGGAGAGCUAUUCAAACCUUGACCAGGAGCGCCCGAGACGCAGUGACUCUAUUAUCAUGCCCUUUGUCUUCUCGGCACAGUCCGAAUCGGCUCUGGCCGACUUGAUGGAAAGGGUUGCCACUCAUCUUCGACAGCACCCCGAUACCGAUCUUGCGGAUCUCGCGUGGACACUGUACAUGCGUCGGAGCUUGUGGCCAACCCGAGCUGCCUGUUCUGGAACCAAUGCCUCAGAUCUAGCUAAUAGCCUCCUUGUCAACGCGGAUAAGAUUCGGACGGGCAGUCAGUCUCCAGUCGUGAAGCCUGUCAGUAUCGGCCAGGCACAGCCACGCGUUCUAGGCAUCUUUACCGGACAAGGAGCCCAGUGGCCCGCGAUGGGACGCGAACUUAUCAGAAGCUCCCCUUGGCUAGAGCGUCGCGUGGACGGGUUAGAAAAAGCUUUAUCUCGUCUACCUGAGGAGGAUCGUCCGACGUGGUCGCUUAAAGAGGAAAUGCUAUCUCCUGCCGCCAAAGUUGGAGAAGCACGUCUAUCCCAGCCGUUGUGUACCGCAGUCCAGAUCCUUCUUGUGGACUGCUUGAAAGCGGCAGGGAUUGAGUUCUCCGCGGUUGUCGGUCACUCAUCUGGCGAGAUCGGAGCAGCAUAUGCCGCCGAGUGUAUCUCGGGCGAGGCGGCCAUGUGGAUCGCGUACUAUCGCGGAUUGCACACAGCGCAGGCAGGCGGCCAACAGGGAGAGCCGGGAGGUAUGCUUGCAGCCGGGACAUCUAUGGAAGACGCCCAAGAGCUGUGCGAGUUGCCUACCUUUGCCGGCAGAUUGACGGUCGCUGCUAGCAACUCCGCGGCGAGCGUGACAUUGUCGGGCGAUAAGGAUGCUGUCAACCACGCAUACCUUGUCUUCCAGGAUGAGAAGAAGUUCGCGCGCCCAUUAAUUGUCGACAAGGCCUAUCACUCUCAUCAUAUGCGCCCUUGUGCACGCCCGUAUGGGAGUUCCUUGGAGGCCUUACGCAUCCAGGUGAAAGAGCCUCGCUGCUCGUGGUACUCGAGUGUGUAUGAUGGGAAUCUAAUCACGAGCGCUGAAGGCCUCGAGGGACAAUAUUGGGUCGAGAAUAUGUGCCGUCCAGUGUUAUUCUCACAGGCAGUCACCACGGCAAUCCAGCAGUCUGAUGGUUCUUAUGAUCUGGUUCUCGAGCUGGGCCCGCAUCCAGCGCUGAAGGGACCUGCAACUGCGACUAUCCAGGACGCGCUCAAACGGGAGCUUCCCUAUACAGGGUUGCUACAGCGCAAUUCCCAUGACACAAAAGCGUUUGCCGAUGCUAUGAGUUUCAUUUGGGCUCGGUUUGGACGUGAUGCACUGAAGCUUCCCACACUGCAAGCGGCCUUUUCAGAUACCGAUGAAAGAUACUUGUUGGUACGAAAUUUGCCGUCCUACCCCUGGGAUCAUAGUCGGCCUUUCUGGCAUGAAUCCCGUGUUAUACAUGAUGAACUGUUUCGCGACUCUUUCCCACACCCCCUGCUGGGAAAUCCUCAAACAAGCAACCCGGAUCAUGUUCAAUGGCGGAAUAUCCUAUCCCUUAAGGAGAUUCCUUGGCUGCGGGGACAUUCCCUGCAGGGACAAACUAUUUUCCCGGCUUCAGGGUACAUUUCGAUGGCAAUUGAAGCAAGUAAGUCAGUCGUGGGCCCCGAACAUAGCAUAUCCCUGAUAGAGGUCCUUGACCUCAUCAUCGAUCGGCCGAUCACAUUCGAUGAGGACGAUGCUGGAGCGGAUGUUGUCGUGACACUUGUAAACAUCGCGCGUGGAUCGCAAGAAGGCUCUGAUGGACUCUUGACUGCCACGUUCAACUGUCACACUACUGCUGGCCGGGGAUCCAAGUCUCUCGUCAUGGCAGCACAUGGUCGCGUCUGUGUCACAUUGGGCACUCCUCACGAAGACUCCCUCCCUUGUGCACGCCAAGUGUUUGAGGAUGUUAUUCAGGUCGAUGGGGAAAGGUUCUAUGACGGGUUGAAAGAGCUCGGUUAUGAUUACAUGGGGCCCUUCAAAGCACUAGAUAACUUGGCACGAUACCUCAAUCUCAGCACCGGUGUUGUUUAUCAGCCUGCAUCUGAUGCUGAAAGACUUACCGGCGUGCUUGUUCACCCUGCUAUGUUGGACGCCUCUUUCCAGUCAGUGUUUCUAGCCUACAGCUGGCCGGGGGAUGGCCGUCUUUCGUCGCUUCACGUCCCGACAAGCAUCAAACGGGUGCAGGUAAAUCCGGCAUUGUGUGCGACCUCCGAGAAGAAGUUUCAUUUCCACACCGAGUCCGAGGAAGGCUUGAAGGCCUCUAUAAAUGGAGACAUCACGUUGUCGCGCACAGCUAAUGAACCUGCCGCUAUUCGAGUCGAGCAGAUCACUGUCGUUCCAGUCGUACCACCUACGGCUGCGGACGACAGGGCACUCUUCGCGAGUGAAAUCUGGGAGAAUGCUGAUCUUAAUGAUCCAGACCUGGCCUCUUCGCCGCCCUCUGUUGAGGACGAGAAGAAGGGGAGGGAAAUCAUUGCAGCCGCGAACAAGCAUCUGUUCGACAUCGCUAGCCUCGAUGAAUAUGCUGCUGGUGUCGCCAGAAUCAAGGGCCAUCUUCUUGCACUUGCUGAGUCACAGGAGGAUGGCUCUACCACGGCUGAGGGAGGACACUCCGCUGCUGCUGAACAACCCGAUUGGUCCGACCCAGGGAAUAUCGAUCUAACUAUCUUGACUGACACCGUAAACUUCCUGUCCCAGGGCGACCAGGAACCUACAGCUAGCCAUGUGCAGAAACUCUGGGAAACCGAUCUUCUUUCCCAAUACUUUCAGCAAGGCUUGGGGGUGGCUAGCUCCAACAAUCAGCUGGGCCGGUUGCUUCGUCGUCUGUCGCAUCGGUAUCCAGCAAUGGAUAUUGUUGAGCUCAACGCGAGCAACCUGAGCUUGACCUCAUCAAUCUUGCAAGACAUCAACCCGGGGUUUUCAUCUUAUACCCUCGCCUCGCCAAAGUCUCGCAUGGAAGUUUUCAAGGAGCUCAUGCCCUUGAAGGCACGAAUGAGCAUCUCAGCGAUAGACUUCAAACGGGAAGUCGAGGAGCAAGGUUUCGCAGCCAACCAGUCCGACCUGAUUAUAGCCACUUUGGUACUGAGUGAUUCCCCCGUUGAUGAUAUUCUCAAGGCCUCUAGGCGCCUGGUCCGCCCAGGAGGCUAUCUUUUCCUUCAGACCGUGGGAGAAGUGGCCCGCUUUGAUCUCUACAGUGACAUUGCCAAAACGAUGCCGCUGACAGUUCCAGAAUGGCAUCGUCAGCUUCAACAACACGGGUUCGCUGGCAUAGACGCGCUUUACCCUUCGUCUGCAGGUCAGCCUUUGAGCAUCAUUGUCAGUCAGGCGACGAACGAGCGAGUCGAGCUCUUGCGCCAACCGCUGCUCAGCACCUCAUCCGACUUGGACCUCUCGGAAGUCGUUCUAGUGGGAGGUACGAGCAUGUCCACGCUCAGGCUGAUCGAGGAUCUGUCGGUCCAUUUAUCUCCCAAAUGCUCCCGAAUUACGAGACGCGACUCUUUGAAUGACUUGGCCGAUAACCCAAUUAACGCCCUCAGCACAAUCAUCUGCCUCAGUGAUUUGGAUAGUCCCGCCUUCAAGAAUCUGCGAGAAGAUAUAUGGAACGCAUUGAAGACGCUUUUCGACCGGUCGCAGAACAUCCUUUGGCUACUCCGAGGGGCGCGUAGCAGCGAGCCAUACUGUAACGCUACUGUUGGCUUUGGACGGACUGCGAGGCUCGAAAUGCCGCAUGUGAAUCUCCAAUUCUUGGAUAUCGGGAAUGACAUCGAGGCAGCAGACGCGCGAGUUAUCGCAGAGCAUGCUUUGCGUCUCUGUCUCUUUGGUAUUGAGGGACAAGAUUCGGCCAGUGUUUCGUCUGUGCUCUGGUCGAACGAGCCUGAGCUCCUGAUCAAGAAGGGCAAGAUAUACAUUCCUCGGGUUAUUCCACACAAAGUUCAGAACGAUCGGUACAAUGCGUCAAGACGACUAGUCACCCAGUCUGUCAAUCCUUCGGAGACUCUAAUCUGCCUGCAGAGAGCCGCGUCGGGCGAAACUACUAUUCACCUCGACCACGCGCUUCAGUUGUCGCCAGCGGAUAAUACGGUGCUGGUCAGCGUGAUUUAUUCAACCGCGCAACCGCUCACUCUAGCGUCUGGCAAGGCUCGGUACCUUGUCUUUGGACGCUGCAAGGCGUCGGACAGGACGCUCUUCGCAAUGGCUCCCAGACUAGCCAGUCAGGUCGGUGUGGAGAAAGGGCUGUGCGUUUUCCAUGGAGAUAAGAACCGGGAGGUCACCCCCGCUGACCUCGUUCUAACUGAGUAUUUGACAACCCACGUGCUCAUCCAAAGCUGCUUGCGGAACGCUGUUCCCAAGAGCAGCGUCGUUGCUUUCGAUGUCGAUCCCAGUUCCCGAACCGUUCUCUCCAGCCUUGCUCGGGCUCGGGGAUACAACAUAGCCUGGGCCACGCACGCGAAGAGCAGUUAUCCAGACGACGUCGUUCUUCAUCGCAGAGCCAGUGAUCGAGAGUUGAGGGCAUCAAUCCCCAUUCGACCAUCAAUCGUUCUCGAUUUCUCACAAUCGCCCCAACAUGACUCUGCAGCCCGUCGUCUCUCGGCCAUGUAUGAUUGCAGGCUGAUUGAGAUGCAACGUGUGCGAGGCGCAGGAGCCUGUACUCUUCCCGACAACAACGGCGUGGAAGCACUCCAGCAAGCGUACGAGCAGUUCCGCGUCGACGAGGCUGGCGAUUCUACUCCAUCUUCUGGGCAUCUUGUUAAUCUCGCGGAGCUGCCGCAGACCCUCGAUUCUCCUUAUGCCCUUAUCGACUGGCAGGCACAAUCGGUCGUGGCCCAGCUGGACUCCGCUGAAGCACAGCCUUUAUUCCAUGCCGAUCGGACUUAUUUGCUCGUAGGGCUUACCGGUGGGUUGGGACUGUCGCUUUGUGAGUGGAUGGUCCGACUGGGAGCUCGACACCUAGUCAUCACCAGUCGGAGUCCCAAGGUAGAUGAGAGGUGGAUACAAUCCCUCCAUCGGGAGGGAGCAGAGGUCACUGUAAUUGCCAGUGACAUCACGGACCGCAAAUCGGUACAGACCCUAUACGAGCAACUGAAGAAGACAGCCCCGCCCAUCGCCGGCGUAGUCAAUGGAGCCAUGGUACUUCGGGACUCCUCCAUCUACGACAUGGAUGUCGAGAAGAUGCUUACAGUGCUGCGCCCCAAGAUCGACGGCAGCCGAUACCUCGAUUCCAUCUUCACAGCACGUCACCCUCUCGACUUCUUCAUCAUGCUAUCCUCUCUAACGGGUGCCUGCGGCAACAGCGGACAAGCCAACUACACAGCGGCCAACAUGUUCAUGGCAGGGCUUGCGGCGCAACGCAAAGAGCGGGGACUGGUGGGCUCGGUAAUCGAUAUUGGGGCCAUGAUGGGCGUGGGCGUACUGGUGCGCGACCGUAGCUACGCCCUGCAGGUCCAACUUCGCGACUACGGCUAUCUCUGGAUGUCCGAGUACGACUUCCACCAGAGCUUCGCCGAGGCCAUUCUGGCCGGCCGGCCGGACAACGCGCUGGAGAACCCGCAGGUGUUGGCGGGCAUCCGGCUUUGUCGCCGUGAUCAGUUGAAAACCGUGCAGUGGGCGCAGAAUCCUCGCUUCUCCCACUGUAUUCUGCCGACUGAGUCGGUCCCAUCUUCCGCCCAGGGACAGGCGCAGUCAAUGGUUGCUCUUACGACGCGUGUGGCGGAGGCGGCUGACGAGGCUGAGAUUCGGCAGAUUGUGGAGGAUGCCUUUUUGCAUAAACUUGUAAUGGCUCUGUCUUUGCCGGAACUUGAGGAUGCGCCGGCCCGUGCCAGAUUGCUUGGUCAAGGUGUGGAUGAGCUCGGGGUUGACUCCCUUGUGGCGGUAGACAUUCGGUCGUGGUGGCUGCGUGAGCUACGGGUGGAUAUGCCUGUGCUGAAGAUUAUGGGAGGGACUGCAAUCACCGAUUUGAUCGCCUACGCGGUCAAGCAGCUCCAGCCUGCAACCGUGGAGGGGAGCACUAAUGAGCGGCUCGACAAAGCCUCGGAGCAGGUUGACGAAGCUUCGAAGCAUGUUGAGGAAACUUCCAAGCAGAUCGAAGAGGAGACUGCAUCUAUUCACUCCACAGACAGCUCCGAAGCCGAGGAGGCGGUAUCUACUCCUUUAAACGGUUCCAUUCCGUCCACAGCCACCAGCGAGCCGGACACUACCAAGACUGAGCCACCGCCUGUCGUGCGACGCGAGCCAAUGUCCUAUGGACAACGUCGAUUCUGGUUCUUGUCCAAGUACCUCCGAGACAGGACGACAUUCAACAUCACCUGCUUGAUCCGAAUCAGCGGAGCUCCCGCUACGGACGCCCUGGCGCGGGCUGUCCAUGCACUUGGCAACAGACAUACCGCCUUGCGGACUUGCUUCUUCGAGGGAGGGGAGGGCGAAACAUGGCAAGGCAUUCUGCCCGAAUCGACGUUGGAAUUGGAGAGGGGCUCCGUCCGAAACUACGAUGAAGCUGUGGAACAAUUCCAUCUCAUGCACGCGCACGAAUACAGCCUCGCCAUGGGUGAGAGUAUGCGCAUCAUGUUGUUGUCGGGGCCCUCUCAGUCCUACUACCUUCUUAUCGGAUACCACCACAUCAACAUGGAUGGGAUUAGUCUGCAGGUGGUUUUCAAAGACCUCGAAGCGGUCUACAACGGAAGGGCGCUGGGGCCCGAACCACUUCAAUAUCACCAAUUCUCUACCUGGCAGUACCAGCAGGUAGAGAGCAACGCCGUUCAAUCCGACAUUGAGUACUGGCGCAAUGAGCUGCGCGAUAUGCCUGAUGUUCUCCCUAUCUUAUCUGUCUCCACACGGUCGACCCGCCAGCCAAUGCUGCAAUAUGCGCAUCAUCGCGUAGACUUCAAGGUCCCACGGUCUCUCGGAGCGAAGAUCAAGCAGGUCGCACGCACACAUCGAGCGACCUCGUUCCAUUUCUAUCUGUCCGUGUUCAAGGCUUUGCUAUACCGCUUCUCAGGGAGUCACGACCUCGUCAUCGGGGUGGCCGACGGCAACAGAAACCAUCUCAGCGGCGCACCCGACAGUGUGGGCUUCUACUUGAAUCUUCUACCAGUCCGUUUGCGCGGAGAUGGUCAGGAUCGAUUCGCGCAGGCCCUAGAAGAGGCACGUACCCAAGCGCAGUCGGCCCUGGCGCAUUCCAAAGCCCCCAUCGACGUACUAUACAAUGAGCUGCAGAUCACCCGAUCAUCAUCAUACACUCCCCUAUUCCAGGCAUUGGUGAACUAUCGUCAAGGCGCGCAAGAGAGUCUGCCGUUCGGUAAUUGUCGUCUCGAAGGCGAUAAAUAUGAAAUUGGGAAAACGGGGUACGACAUUAGCUUGGAUGUGAUCGAGAACGCGCAGUCCGAGGCCACGAUCAUGUUUAUGACGCAGAAUUAUCUGUACUCGGCGGAGCAGACCGAGGUCCUAGCGGCCAGCUUCAAGCAGCUGCUGAGCGCCUUCAGCGAGGAUCCGGAAACCCGGCUGGAUGAACCGCAGCCGUACGCGGCUGAGGAUGUUGAUAAAGCUAUGGUGUUGUCACAGGGCCCGAAAUAUGCGCUACAGUGGAAAGGCACUCUGGUAGACCGCGUUGGCGAAAUGGUAGCUCGCUUCCCCCAACGACCCGCACUCGAGGAUGGUUCGCUGUCUGUGACAUACGCAGAGAUGUCUAUGCGCGUGCACGCCAUCGCCGCGCUUCUGUUGAGUCACGGUGUAGUCCCGGGUUGGAAAGUGGCUGUGUUCCAACAGCCUACCAUCGACUGGGUCUGCUGUAUGUUGGCUGUCCUCCUGAUAGGAGCGGUAUAUGUUCCGUUUGAUCCUAAGCUUUCACUCCCUCGACUCCAGCGGGUCGCCCAAAGCUGCAAGCCGGAGGCCGUUCUCUUUCACUCAGCCACCGCAAAGGAUGUCCCUGAGCUGCUAGCAGGACAGCCCGACGUGAUCACCAUCGACGUUGCCGGGGCGAAGAUGACGAACCAAACCACGGUCGCGAAUCGAUCAAAGGCAGAUUCCGCCAUGUUCAUCCUGUACACAAGUGGUUCCACAGGCCAACCCAAGGGAGUAAUCCUCCCCCAUUCGGCAUUUGCCCAUAAGAUCGAAACAUCAAGCCAGAUGUUCGCGCUCGGACCAGAGAUGGCUAUGCUUCAGCAGAGUGCGCUAACGUUCGACAUGUCCGUUGCGCAAGCAUUCAUGGCCCUAUGCAACGGAGGUCGCCUGUUUCUACUCCGAAGGGAAUACCGUGGCGACCCAGCCGCGAUCCUUGGUCGGAUUCUGGAGCAUGGACUGACCCAUUCCAUGGCAACUCCCUCGGAGUACGAAAGCUGGUUGCAACUCGCCAACUCCCUGCCCCAGCAAGCGUCCGCCCUUGCCGCGUCCAAAUGGCAAGUUCUGUUUUCGGGCGGUGAGAAAAUCAGCGACAACCUCAAGCACGAGCUCCGGACGCUGGACAAGCAGGAUUUGCAAUUACAGAACGUGUACGGACCGACGGAGGUGAGUAUAUUUUCGCACUCGUUCGAGGUCGACUACCGUUCACUUUCCAAUAAACCCGUGCCUCUGGGCCCUGUCAAUGUGAAUUACUCGGCUUUUGUAGUGGAUCGAAAUCUGAAGCCGGUGCCAGUUGGGGUGCCCGGCGAAAUCCUCAUUACCGGCCCUGGAAUUGCGCUCGGAUACCUGAACAACGAGGACUUGACCCGUGAGAAAUUCGUUCGGUUCACGCUUCCGCGAUCCAGCUCCCUGAAUGUCAGGGAAAGGGAUUUGCGAGGGUAUCGCACCGGUGACCGCGGCAGGUUGCGACCAGAUGGUAUCUUGGAUUUCGAAGGCCGGAUUGGUGGUGACACGGAGAUAAAACUCCGAGGUCUGCGCAUGGACCUGAACGAUAUCGAAUGCGCACUGCUUGAGGCGGCGCAAGGACGGCUAACGACGGUCGUCGUGACGGUUCGAGGAGACGCUGACGCCCAGUACCUCUUAGCGCAUGUGGUGUUCCAUCGCAAACAGCAACAGCAGUUGAGUUCGGAGGAGCAACGAGCGUUCGUGGAUGCUCUCACGCCGCGCUUACCUUUGCCCCAGUACAUGUGGCCAGCAGCGGUUAUUAUUGCCGACUCGUUGCCCGUCAACUCACAUGGCAAGGUAGACCGACGCGCGAUCGAGACCAUGCCCUAUCAUGUCACGCCUCCCAUCAACACCCCAGACAUUGAAUCCAGUCUCACCGAAGCAGAGGCACAUCUCCGAACGCUAUGGGAAGAGGUCCUACCCCCCGCAGUAGUCCAGCUGCAUCAAAUCGGCCCCAAGUCGGACUUCUUCCACGUGGGGGGAAACUCGAUGCUCCUGGUGAAACUCCAACGAUCCAUCACCCGAGCCUUUGGUCGGAAAAUCGUGCUGGUCGACUUAUUCGAGCGGACAACUCUAGCCAAGAUGGCCGCGUAUAUCACUGACCCCGACGCCACCGACAAAACCUGGGACAGGAUCGACUGGGCCCAAGAAAUCGCUCUCGACGCAGACCCCAUAGCAACCCAACCUUCACAACCCAAAGCACGCCGUAAUCGCCAAGGUCAAACCAUCAUCCUCACAGGCGCAACAGGCUUCCUCGGCCAAGUCCUCCUUCAACAACUCCUCGCAGACCCCACCAUAAAAAUGGUCCACUGCAUCGCCGUCCGAAACCCCUCUCGUCCGCUAGCAAGCACCCCCGCGGACUCCCUAUCGCGAGUGACCAUCCACUCAGGCGACCUCGCCCUCCCUCUAUGCGGCCUCGAUCCCGAAACCAGCGACCGCAUCUUCGCGUCAGCAGACAUAAUUAUCCACAACGGCGCGGACGUGCAUUUCCUGAAAACCUACCCGGUCAUGCACUCCGUCAACGUCGCCUCCACAAAAUGGCUAGCGCACCAGGCCCGCGCUCACCACCUAGCGCUGCACUUCAUCUCGACAGCCAGCGUGAUCCAAUUCGCGCCACCAUCAAAAACUAGCACAGGAUUCCCCGCUACCUCCGUCGCAGCCUUCCCCCCACCUACCAACGACGGCAGUGGAGGCUACGCAGCCAGUAAAUGGGUGAGCGAGAUGUAUCUCGAGCAGGCAAGUCAGCGAUGGGGCGUGGAGGUGCACAUCCACCGACCGACGGCCAUCACGGGCCCCGAAGCACCGGCGCAGGAUAUUUUUCCGAAUGUGGUGCGUUUCUCGCGGGCGAUGAGAGCUGUUCCUGUGUUAACGAGCCUUUUGGCGGGAUGGCUUGAUUUUGUGGAUGUCGAAAACGUGGCGAGGCGGAUUCUCGCGCUGGUGAGGUCUGACAGUCACGACGGAGAUGGCGACCAAGCAAAAGGAGAACUAGCAAAGUUUCAUCAUCAUGCUGGGGACGUGGUGGUGCCUGUGGAAGGGUUCAAGGAUCAUUUGGCAAAAGAGACAGGGGAGGAGAUCCGGACAUUAGGGCUAGCGGACUGGAUCCAACAGGCGGUACAGACGGGAAUGAGUCCCAUGGUCGGGGAGUAUCUUAAAUUGUUGGCGGGGCAGCAGCAACCGAUUUUCUUGCCUUUUGUUUUGCCUUCUUGA